CCCCGUGCGCACUUGGGAGUCGCCUGUUCCCUGGGCGACGGUCAACACAGGCAGAGCUGCAAACACAGCUGGGCGCAGAUGCUGCCCCAGCCUGGAGAGUUUCUGUCCUCCGUUAGCCACUGUCUCUGAGCUCGACAUCCGGUGGGGGACGAUGCGGGAGCACCUUGUGCAGGUUAUCCUGGGUUAAAACGAGAGUCUCAAGCAGUCUGUCUCUUUUCUCUCUUCUCUCCCUGUCCUGCUUCUCCAGCCCCCCAUGGGCAGCCAACCACGAACCACAUCAGCUGGGUACCAAGUGCCCGCUACCAGGCAGCUUGCCUCAAUCUCCGCGGCCCGGGAUGGCCCUGCAGCAGGCGGGGCUCUCGCCAGUAGCUGCCAGGGGACCCCAGCCCUGGGUGUGCAGCAGGACCAGCUGUGGAGGGAGCUUGUGGAAGCCGAAGCGAGAGGCCAGCGGCGCUGGGCUGAGAACUGGGGUUUCCUAAAAGACUACGACCCUCUGGGAAAUAAGAAGGAGCCUCGGGAGCUGCCUGCCAGCGUGCCCUUCUUCUCAGACAUCGUCCCCUGCUCCACAAGCCGGGAGGUGGGCAGCAGGGUGGACACGCCCCUGGGAAGAGCCCUCAGCCACAUGGACUUCUUCUUUGUGGAAGGCACUCGGAAGAAGAAGCCAGAGGAGGAGCUGCAGCCGCAGUAGAGGCGCUCUCAGGGCUGGCACAGCAGGUAGGUAAGGAGCGGACAAAGCCCAGCGAGUCCUCACAGGUGCUGUUGACUCGGUCCCACGCCAGGCAUGAGGAGGAUUCCAGGACCUCGGAACCUCAGCCCUUCCAGUUCAGGACCCCAGAGAUUCUUGGAAAGGGAGCCCAGUGCUAAGAUCGGUCGGGAGCACGUUUAAUGAGUUCAGUCUGACCUCAGAACCAUGAGGUUGCUCACAGCCCCUGCCUCCGUCUGUCUGCGGCUGCCGGGGUACCUCGGACAUGUCUGUGCACGCAGGUGCCGUCGGAGGCCAGAGAACAGUGGAUCUCCUGGAACUGGAGUUAGAGAUGGCUGCGAGCCACCAUGUGCGUGCUGAGGAUGGAGCCUGGGUCCUUUGCAAGUGUUUUCCACUGCGAAGCCAUCUCUCCAGCCCCGGUCUUCGCUUACCUUUCUUCCUCCCAGACUUCCACUUGAAUAGAAAUAGC